AUGAAGUUUUCUACUGCUGCUUUAACAUUUUCAUUCUUUGCAAUUGUCAAUUCCUCUGUUGUUACUUACAGUACAGAGUUUGGGGGCAACGAGGAACAUAAACAUGACAAAUAUGAUUGUGAAAUUGAUACUUUUGACUGGAAAUUUGCUUUGGUGGUUAAAGAAUGGAAACAUCAUAAAGAUGAGAAAUUCUGUAAAGACACCGAUUUGGAUUUAGUUUACGAAGGUGACGAUGGCCAAUUAUAUCAUGGUUGUGAUGGAACAUAUCCAUACUCCAAAUGUAAACAUUGUACUAAUGUUUUUGGUGGUGGUGACGAUGAUAAUAAAUGGGACAAUAAAUGGAAAGAUGACAAAGGGGACGAUAAAUGGAAAGACAAAAAAUGCGAUGAUAAAUGGGAUGACAAACACAAAGAUGACCAUUGCAAAGAUGAUAACGGGAAAGAUGGUAAAUGCAAAGAUGAUGAUAAAUGCAAGGACAAAAAAUGUGAUGAUAAAUGGGACGGCAAUUGCAAAGAUGAUCACGGGAAAGACGAUAAAUGCAAGGAUGAUGGUAAAUGGGACGACAAAUGCAAGGAUAAAUGUGAUGACAAACACAAAGAUGACAACUGUAAAGACGAAAAAUGUGAUGACAAAUGCAAGGAUGAUGAAAAGUGCCAUGAUCAUUGGAAAGGCGAUGAUAAAUGUGAUAAACACCACUGCAAGUAUCCAUAUUGUGAAAUCCAUAACACUGAUUGUGACUUGCUCAUUACCUUAUGCAAUGGUGUCUUGAAAGAUAAAAGGGAUGCCACUGGUGAAAUUGCUGUUAAUCAUCAAUUCCAAUUCGACAAACCACCACAAAAUGAUGCCUUGCACAAGAAAGGGUUCUCUAUUGUUCACACUGAAGGAACGUAUUAUUUGGCUCUUAACCAUCAAAUUGAGUUCUGGCAUUGUAAAGUUGACGACAAGGGAUUAUACAAGAUUUACGAUAAAUCUAUUGGGGACCAAUGUUCUAAGAUUGAACUCAUUGUUUUAAAGUCUGAUGAGAAAGCUACAAAUGAUGAUUGCGACGACGAUUGCAAAAAGAAAGAGAAGUAUGAUUAA